UUUAAUUUUAAUAACCAAUAAACAGUAGUUACACUACUAGUACUUAUGUAGUUAUUAUAGUGUCAAAAUUUUGUGAUAAAUAUUUUUUCAACAAGCAAAUUAUAAACCCAGCAAAUAAAUAAAGGAAACUUAUUCCUUCGAAGAUUCGAAAUUCGGAACUUCUUCGACAUCAACAAAAGUUGGCCCAACUGACGUGGCGUCUGCCAUAUGGCGAGCUUUGCAAGUUGGCAGCUUGCGGUUUGAUGUUACGGUGGCUGUUGACGGGUUUGGGACUAUUCUGUUGGCGUGCCAACAAAAUUUGUUAUGAUUUUUAGUUUUUGGCCAGUUUUGCUUUAUCUGCUUUUGAGGACUUAUGUAGAAGUGUCGAAGACUCGACGUGAUAACUUUUGAUCAACUGUGCCCCUUUCAGUGUUUAGUUUGUCUCUGAUUGCGCUUUGGUUUAUCUUGCGCCCCCGAAAAACGAUUUGAUUUAGCUUGCGCUUCGUAAUAAACCAUAUGAUGAAUCGAUGAUCCCUACUGGUACUCCAUAACAAGUUUGAACUUGGCCUUCCAGGACGGAUAAGAAACUGAUGUUAUGGAACGGAAGUCGAAAAGAAAUCUUAGAUUAUUAUCGCUUUCUCGGGAUUGUUUUUGUUCGCGUCGAAGUUCCCUGGAACUUUAUUUGUUUUGAGUCUGCGAGCGUGCAAUGCCCAAAAACUGACCGACCCAUAUCUAGGAGAAAUCUGUCAUUGAAUUUGAUUUAAGCAACCUGCAACCAGGAUGAUCGCAGCGUGGACCAGAAAUCAUUCGUAUUUGCUCAUUUUUCUGGCUAGCGUGGCCGCAACAUCAGGUGUUAUCGCAAAUGCCUUUAUGCAGAGGAAACAGUUCUACCCCGCAGUUGUGUACAUUAGCAAGUCAAAUGCAUCAAUGGCGGCCGUGUAUUUUCAAGGCCUCACGAUGAUGUUUCUGGCUUGGAAAAUAACUCGCUGGAUAUUUUUUGGUCAGCUGCGACCUGCAGAAGUCGAGCAUCUCGUUGAAAAAAGCUGGUUUGCGCUGACGGAAACUUGUUUAGCUUUCACUGUAUUCCGGGAUGAUUUCAGCUCGCAUUUUGUGGCUUUAUUUACGUUGUUGUUAUUCCUUAAAUGCCUGCACUGGUUGGCGGAAGACCGUGUGGAUUUCAUGGAGCGGACACCAGUCAUCUCACGCGUCUUCCAUUUGCGCGUUAUAGGGUUGAUUUUCACAUUGGGAUUAUCGGAUAUGUUCUUCACGGCUUAUGCCUACCACAGUCUGGUAACAAAAGGGGUUUCGGUACAACUAGUGUUUGGUUUUGAGUACGCCGUUUUGUGCACUUCGGUUGUCUUCAUUACCAUCAAGUACGCUUUACAUUGCAUUGAUUUGGCAAACGAUCAGACACCGUGGGACAGGAAAUCAGCUGUGCUGCUGUAUUCGGAGUUGUCGAUUAAUUUUUUCAAAGUGGUACUGUAUGCGACAUUCCUUGUUCUGAUGAUGCGCGUGAAUAACUUCCCGUUGUUCGCUAUACGUCCUAUGUACAUGGCUGUAAAGUCAUUUAAAAAAGCUUUGUACGAUGUGAUAAUGUCCCGUAAGGCGAUCCAUAUGAUGAAUACUCUUUAUCCCGAUGCUACUUUGGAGGAGAUUCGUGCUGGUGAUACCACUUGCAUCAUUUGCCGAGAAGAGAUGAUUUCUGGCUGCAAAAGGCUGCCAUGCAAUCAUAUUUUCCACACGCAUUGCCUGCGAUCGUGGUUCCAGCGUCAGCAAACUUGCCCUACGUGUCGCUUAGACAUCCUGCGACCGGUGCGCGUAACCGCCUUUCAGCCGGCUGCAGCCGGAGCGCAGCCACCACCAGCUCCACCUGCAAAUGGUCAAAACAAUGCUCCUCUUGUACCGCCUCCUGGUGGUGUACCUCCGGUCAUGUUUCCCCCUGGAGGUUUACCUUUCAAUUUUCAAUUGCCCCCACCACCUGCGCCCGGUGCAGUGCCUAUGUUCCAGGUACCGCUCGGACCAGCACCACCAGGGGCACCCCGCCCGGCAGCGCCGUUUCCUCCACAGUUCCCAGGAGUCCCAUUUCCGCACUUUCCAGGAGCUCCGGUGCCGCCACAGUUUCCAGGAGGUCCAUUUCCGUCAAUGUUUCCUCCUAUGUGGCCUAACAUGCCUUUGCCUGUUCCUCCCAUGCCAGUCCCAAAUUUUGCAGCGUUAUCUGACCAAGACUUGACGCGUCUGGAAGGGGAUCAGCGUCGCGCUUUGGAAUUGCGCGUGACCCACUUGCGCAACAUUCAAGCACUUCUGGAUGCUGCCGUGAUUCAGUUUACACAGUAUAUAUCGCUGAUACCGCCGAGUGUGGGUCUGUCGCCACAGCCAUCCGGCGCAAAUGCAAGCCAGCUGGAUGCUCAACAAAAUUCGGAUGCAGCGCCGUACGUCCCGUUGGAGAGUGCACCCCCAACUUCCGGUAAUUCUGCCCCGCAGAAUAUAUCUGCAAGCCGGAACGUUCGGACAGAUGCGUCCAGUCAGAAUGAGUCCGAUGAAGUUCGAAGACGUCGAUUGAAUCGUUUUGCAUAAAGUGUGAUAAUCUGAUUCCUUAUUCGCACCAGACUGACUUUUGUUUUUAUUAUAUUUAUUUUUCAACUUUAUUUUAUAACCCAUUUUCUUUUGGCCGCAGUUUCAUAAAUAGACACGAAAGAAAGAGUAAAAUUAAUUGUGUAUAGAACUGUAGUGUUGCUCCCUACUGCUGUAAGCUUACCGGUUAGGUGCUUACUUAAGCAGAGCGCAAUUCUGCAGUACUUACUGAACUAUAAAUUUGUACUACCCCAUAAACUGAUCACUUAA